GUUAAAAGUGGCAUAUGUCCUCAAUGAGGAAAAUCCUAUUAAUUUGUCAACCGAAGGUAUGAGUGCUGAGGAAAAGAAAUCUCACAAGAAGAAAGUCCAAAAGUGGGAGAAAGAUGAAUAUAGUUGCCGCAACUCUUUACUUAAUUGCAUUUCUGAUGAGCUUUAUGAUUACUAUGAAAGAACUUACUCCACUGCCAAGGAAACUUGGGAUGCUUUGCAGAAAAAAUAUGACACUGAAGAGGCUGGUGCGAAGAUGUAUGCUGGUAGCCGAUGGCUACGCUUCCAAAUGGUGGAUGACAAGUCGGUGGUGUCACAAAUUCGAGAGUUACAAAUGCUUGCUCAUGAGUUCCGAUCUGAAGGCAUACGAAUUAAUGACAAUCUCGAAGUUGUAGCCAUUAUUGACAAGCUGCCGCCUUCAUGGAAGGAGUUCCAAAAGACGAUGCGUCACAAGCAAAAGGAGAUCACCGUAGAAAAUCUUUUAACUCGUAUUCGAGUUGAAAAGGAGGUAAGGAAUCAAGAUGCUCGAACAACAAAUGGAGGCAACACAUCCAAGGUACACUUUGUUCCCAUUAAUGAUAGCUUUCCCAAAAAAUAAUAAUUUUAAAUAUAAUGCCCAAAUGAGAUCUAAGAAGAAAAUUGUGAAAAAGAAUUAUGGGAGUCAUUCUACUAGGAGACCAAGUCAAAAUUUUAAGAACCAAGGACCUCCUUCAAAACAAAAUAGCUAUACAUGUUUUGUGUGUGGCAAGCUUGGGCAUACUGCUAGAGUUUGCAAGUUCCGAAAGCGUGGGCCUACUCCACAGGUCAACGCAACCUAGGAGCCCUUUGUGGCGAUGUUAUCUGACAUAAACACGCUCAAUGGCAGUGAGGGAUGGUGGAUUGAUUCUGGUGCCGCAAGGCAUGUCUGUAAAGACAAAUCUUGGUUCAAAACAUUUUCUGAAUAUGAUGUUGAAAAGGAAGUGAGACUUGGUGAUGGUCAUACAAUCAAGGUUCCUGGCUAAGGAGAGGUGGAAUUUAAUUUUACCUCUGGAAAAACAUUGACUCUCAAAGAUGUGCUUUAUACUCCUCAAAUGAGGAAAAAUUUAGUUUCUGGAUUUCUCCUUGGUAAGGCUGGCUUCAAAGAGGUAUAUGAAUCUGGGCAUUAUGUUUUGACUAAAAAUGGUAUAUUUGUUGGGAAAGGCUAUGCAUGUGAUGGCAUGUACAAGUUGAAUAUUGAUAUGAAUAAAGUUCCUUCAAGUUC